GGAAAAAAAUUGUCCUGUGUUCCAAGUUGAAUUAAUAUCUUCCUCUUCUCCCCCCCUCCCCCUCCAAAUCUCCAGAACAAAACAUAAGCAAUUUGUGGUUUGAGAUUAACAUUUUCUCUUUGUUUUAAAGGGAGAAACGGGAAGCCCAGCCAUGGCUCCCACAAAGCCAAAGGUGAUUGAUGGAAAAAUUACGUACCCUCCUGGAGUGAAAGAAAUCUCAGACAAAAUAUCAAAGGAGGAAAUGGUUCGAAGGCUAAAGAUGGUGGUGAAAACCUUCAUGGACAUGGACCAGGACUCAGAAGACGAGAAGGAUUUGUACCUCAAUCUGGCCUUGCAUCUCGCUUCAGAUUUUUUUCUUAAACAUCCUGACAAAGAUGUGCGAUUGCUUGUUGCCUGCUGCCUUGCUGAUAUUUUUAGAAUUUAUGCCCCAGAGGCUCCCUAUACAUCACCUGAUAAACUAAAGGAUAUUUUUAUGUUCAUAACCAGACAGCUUAAAGGAUUAGAAGACACUAAAAGCGCCCAGUUUAACAGAUACUUCUACUUGCUUGAGAAUAUUGCCUGGGUAAAGUCCUAUAACAUCUGCUUUGAGCUGGAAGAUAGCAAUGACAUCUUCACUCAGUUAUACAGAACGCUUUUCCAAGUAAUAAACAAUGGCCAUAACCAGAAGGUUCACAUGCACAUGGUGGACCUGAUGAGUUCCAUCGUUUGUGAAGGAGACACAGUUUCUCAAGAGCUUUUGGAUACUGUUCUUGUCAAUCUUGUACCAGCACAUAAGAAUCUGAACAAACAGGCAUAUGAUUUGGCAAAGGCUCUCUUAAAAAGGACGGCUCAAGCUGUUGAACCAUACAUUACAAAUUUCUUUAAUCAAGUUUUAAUGCUGGGCAAGACCUCGAUCAGUGAUCUGUCCGAGCACGUCUUCGACCUGAUCCUUGAGCUGUACAAAAUCGAUAGCCACCUCCUACUUUCUGUUUUACCACAGCUGGAGUUUAAACUCAAGAGCAAUGAUAAUGAGGAGCGUUUGUCAGUUGUUAAGUUACUGGCUAAAAUGUUUGGAGCAAAAGACUCUGAGCUGGCAUCCCAGAACAAACCACUAUGGCAUUGCUAUUUGGGAAGGUUCAAUGAUAUUCAUGUUCCUAUCCGUCUUGAGUGUGUAAAGUUUGCGAGCCACUGCCUUACAAACCAUCCAGAUCUAGCAAAAGAUCUCACUGAAUUUCUCAAAGUGAGGUCACAUGAUCCAGAAGAAGCCAUCAGGCAUGAUGUUAUUGUAUCCAUUGUAACUGCUGCUAAAAAAGACCUCUCACUAGUCAACGACCAGCUGCUUAAUUUUGUGAGAGAAAGAACAUUGGACAAAAGGUGGAGAGUGAGAAGAGAAGCUAUGAUGGGGCUAGCCCAGAUCUACAAGAAAUACUGUUUACAAGCGGAAGCAGGAAAAGAAGCUUCCAAACAGAUUUCAUGGAUUAAAGACAAACUAUUGCAUAUAUAUUACCAAAACAGCAUUGAUGACAAAUUACUUGUUGAACGGAUAUUUGCCCAAUAUAUGGUACCUCACAACUUGGAGACAUCAGAAAGAAUGAAGUGUUUGUACUAUCUUUAUGCAACACUGGACCCUAAUGCUGUAAAAGCAUUAAAUGAAAUGUGGAAGUGUCAAAACACGCUGAGACAUCAUGUACGUGAUUUGCUUGAUCUACACAAACAAACAAAAUCUGAUCCCACUGACAAAGCCAUAUUCUCCAAAGUGAUGACCAUUGCCAGAAACUUGCCAGAUCCAGGAAAGGCCCAGGAUUUCAUGAAGAAAUUUGAUCAAUCUUUAGAAGAGGAUGAACGAAUUCAAUCCCAAUUGGAUGUGCUCGUCAGUCCAAGCUGUUCCUGCAAACAAGCAGAAGGAUGUGUGCGUGAAAUCACAAAAAAACUAAGUAAUCCUAAACAGCCUACAAACCCAUUCUUGGAAAUGGUAAAAUUUCUCUUGGAGAGGAUAGCACCUGUACAUAUUGACACAGAAUCUAUCAGUGCUUUAAUCAAGCAGAUCAAUAAAUCCAUUGAUGGUACAGCUGAUGAUGAAGAGGAGGGUGUGCCAACCGAUGAAGCAAUCCGGGCAGGCCUUGAAUUGCUUAAGGUAUUGUCAUUUACACAUUCAAUCUCCUUUCAUUCCGCGGAAACAUUUGAGUCCCUCCUGCAGUGCCUGAAAAUGGAAGAUGAAAAGGUGGCAGAAGCUUCUUUACAGAUCUUCCGAAAUACUGGGAAGAAAAUAGAAGACGACUUUCCUCACAUCAGAUCUGCUUUACUUCCAGUAUUACAGCACAAAGCUAAGAAAGGUACCCCACGUCAGGCUAAGCAUGCCAUUCACUGCAUCCAUGCCAUAUUCAACAGUAAAGAGACUCAGUUUGCACAGAUAUUUGAGCCAUUGCAUAAGAGCAUGGAUCCCAGCAACCCAGAGCAGCUCAUAACUCCAUUGAUUUCUAUUGGACAUAUAGCCAUGUUGGCUCCAGAACAGUUUUCCGGACCUCUCAAGUCCUUGGUGGCUAGUUUUGUUGUGAAAGAUUUGCUAAUGAAUGACAGAGUUCCAGGAAAGAAGACUACAAAACUUUGGGCUUCAGAUGAUGAAAUCUACCCUGAAACUCUGACAAAAAUUCAGGCAAUUAAGAUGAUGGUUCGGUGGCUAUUGGGAAUGAAGAACAAUGUGAAUAAAUCGGGAUCAUCUACUUUGAGACUGCUAACAGCAAUAUUGCACAGUGAUGGCGAUCUGACAGAACAGGGAAAAAUUAGUAAACCUGAUAUGUCACGCCUUCGCCUGGCAGCUGGCUGUGCAGUUCUGAAGUUAGCACAAGAACCCUGUUACUAUGAGAUCAUUACCCUAGAACAGAUUCAGCUGUGUGCACUGGUAGUGAACGAUGAAUGUUAUCAAGUGAGGCAGAUAUUUGCACAGAAGCUCAACAAGGGCCUUGCCAAAUUGAGGCUGCCCCUGGAAUACAUGGCAAUGUUUGCACUGUGUGCAAAGGACCCGGCAAAAGAGAGAAGAGCACAUGCUAGGCAGUGCCUGGUGAAAAACAUCAACCUUCGGAGGGAAUACCUGAAGCAGCAUGCGGCAGUCAGUGAAAAGUUGUUAUCCCUGCUACCUGAAUAUGUUGUUCCAUACACAAUCCACCUCCUUGCACACGAUCCAGACUACGUAAAGGUCCAAGAUGAGCAGCUUAAAGACAUUAAAGAGUGUUUAUGGUUUAUGCUUGAAAUCCUGAUGGUUAAAAAUGAAAACAACAGUCAUGCUUUCAUCAGGAAAAUGGUGGAGAACAUUAAACAGACAAAGGAUGUCCAAGGGCCUGAUGACCCAAAGAUAAAUGAGAAAUUAUACACAGUUUGUGAUGUCGCAAUGAACAUCAUCAUCUCUAAAAGUACUACGUACAGCCUGGAAUCUCCCAAGGACCCAGUGCUCCCCGCUAAAUACUUCACUCAACCUGACAAGAACUUCAACAACAACAAAAAUUAUCUGCCUUCAGAAAUGAAAGCCUUUUUCACACCUGGAAAGCCAAAGGCAACUAAUGUACUUGGUGCAGUGAAUAAGCCUCUGUCGUCAGCAGGGAAGCAGGCACAGACCAAGUCCUCAAGAAUGGAGACUAUGAGCAAUGCCAGCAGCAACUCAAACCCUAGUUCUCCUGGAAGAAGUAAAGGAAGGGUUGAAAGCUCUGAAGUGGACCACAGUGAAAAUGAAGACAUCACAGUGAUGAAGACACCACCUCUUCCAGCAAAAAAAUUGGAGAGAAGGGAUGAUGCGGACCACAUGAGGUCAGAAACUGAUAAACCAAGAGGACGAAAGAAAGGUGCCUCCGCACUCACGUUAGAUCAAGAGGACCGCUCCAGCACAGAGCUUCUGGAUCAGGUCAAAUCCACACGACCAGGUCAGCGAGGACGUAAGAGGGCGGCAGCAGGAUCUGAAUCGGACGAUCAGCAGCGGCCAGAAGAGAAGAGAUCAAAAGAGGACCCUCUACAGAACGAAGAUGAACAGAACAGCCCUCCAAAGAAGUCGAGGAGAGGACGGCCCCCGAAAGCUGCUAUUGAGGAGGUUCCCAAGGGAGAGGCCCCAGCAAAGGGCAGCAGGAAGGGGAAAAAGAGGGCAAUAUCAGCAGAGGUUGAGGAUGGAGAUGGGGAUAGUGAAAAUAAGGAGCAGAAGCAGAAAGUAACCAAACAGCCAAGAACACCCAGAAAAUCCCAGAAGAGAAUAGAAAGUCCAGAGUCGGGUGUGAACAAGUCUCUAUCUACUGAGUCAACGCCACAGAAGAAGCGAGGAAGGCCACCAAAAACGCCGCAGUCACCCCCAACCCCGCAGCCAAAGAGAAAUUUCCGUGGUGGAAGAACAAGGCAAGCAGCCGGUAGAGAAAAUAAUUCACAUCACAAAGGUUCACCAGGGAACAUGGAUAUUUCCCAAGAACAUUCAGUGGAUGGUGUGACCAUGGAGGAGGAUAAUGAAUCAAGUACACUGAAGGUGCGGCGCAAGCCCAACAAGAGAGAAAGAAGAUGAAAAGUAAAUGUGAUCUGAUGUGGGCAUUAGACACCUGGUAAUUGUUUUACUGUAAAGCUCAAGGCUAAAGGGCACUGUCCAACUGGUUCUUAAAGAAAGCAUCUUGCAUUUACUACCCAUGCAUUUGCAGUCCCCAGUCCACAAGCUUUUGGCAAACUCAUUAAUUCAUAAACUGUGGGUUGUCGUACAUUUUGAUGUAUGCUGACUACAAUGUACUAGCUUUACAGAGAGAUGGAAAUAAAUAAAAUUGUAAAUAUUUUUUUUAUGUUUUGAUUUAAAAUGUGCUUGUAUAGCUUUUAAAUUACAGCUUUAAAACGCCAACACACAACUGUGUAUUAACUGUGUGGGGUGAGGAAAGUUGGUUAUAAUGAACGUCAACAACUUAAGCAAUACUUAAGCCUUGUUAAUAUUUGUACCUUCUGUGGCAUCCUGUUACAGAGAGGAAACUAGUUCAAGGAGAGNAAAAAUGGAUUAUUGCAUUUUGCUGCAUCACAUACUUCUGUGGUUAAUUUGUUGAAAGUAACCUCUUCUAAAUCUCCUUUUGUUUCACUUGAAGAUAUUUGUUACUGUACUCUGCCCUAGCGCUUCUGCUUUCUACCACUGAAGAUGUUAGACAGAAAAUCUUCUGUUGUAUAAAAUGUGAAGUCAGCUGAAAAUGCACUUCACUUGUCAGUAUUGAUACCAGAAUCAUCUGGACUCUUGGCUAAAAUUCAAAAAAAAUGGUUUUAGUUAAAAUAUUUUAAUACUGCUGGUGUGUUAGACAUUAACAGUUGUACACUUUUACUCUAGUUGCCUCCCCGUCAAAUUUGUAUCAUCUACUGUAUCAAUAAAAUUCUGUAACUGAGCUUGCCUUGUUAUAGUGAAAAGAGAAAAAAAACUUAAUGUGUAUUUUGAAGGAUAAAUCUCCCUGAAUUGUGGUUCUCUACAGAAUUAGAUCAUGCGUCAGCUAUUGUGGUAUGUGAUUGGUUAAUGAGAAGGAGCCUCUUUGCUGUUAGUCUCUGCUUGAAAUGCACUUGACAUAUCGUUAAAAAUGCCUGCAAUAAUAUUUCUUUAUUUUCCUUGUUAAUUUUUAUUUCUGUAAUAUUGAUCUGUACCAACAUUUGGGCCUAAUCAGAUUAAAAUUAUUUUGUUUUACAAAGUUAA